UUAAAAAGUAAUGACAUGGAUGAACUGAUUUUGUAAGGAGCGAAAGAGUUUAACUUUUAACUGAGGACAUUUACAUUUCUGUAAUACUUGGUAGAUACUCUAUAUUUAUUUCAAUUUACGCAGCCACCAAAUAGUGAUACUGGCUGUCAAGACUCCAACAAGUGACAGGAAAAUUGAAAAAGAGAAGAUUUUGCUGCCUUUCUGUCAAUUACACAAAACACUUUUCUCUCUGUCUACUCAUUUCUUUUCUUCUCUUUGCUAUAUACAGGGAACCCCAUUUGACUCUUUUUCUUAAUAUACUUGGCCUGAAACAAGCUAUGUCAGGUUUGUAUAAUCACAACUUUUCACCUUCAAGAACUGCAUCUCCUCAGAUUAGAACUAAUCAAGAUGUUGACAGUAAUCAGUACUUGUCAGAAUUGUUGGCUGAACAUCAAAAGCUUGGUCCUUUCAUGCAAGUUCUUCCCAUAUGUAGCACUCUCUUGAAUCAAGAGAUCAUGAAGGUAUCAGGAAUGAUGCCAAGCCAAGGUUUUGGUGAGCUAGAUAGGUUUCGACAUAGAAGUCCCAGCCCUAUGACUUCAGCAAACUUUAUGUCAAAUGUUGGCGGAACAGGAUUGGGUGGUUGGGGUGGACUUGCGCAGGAGAGAUUAAGUGGAGCUUCUGGAAUGUCAAUGGACUGGCAUGGGGCACCAGCAAGUCCUAGUUCAUACACUGUGAAAAGGAUAUUGCGCUUAGAAAUCCCAUUAGAAACUUACCCAAAUUUCAAUUUUGUUGGGCGACUUCUGGGUCCCAGGGGCAAUUCCUUGAAACAGGUGGAAGCUACUACAGGAUGUCGUGUGUAUAUUAGAGGAAGAGGGUCAAUAAAGGACCCGGAUCAGGAGGAGAGCCUACGUGGAAUACCAGGAUAUGAACACCUGAAUGAACCACUCCAUAUUUUAAUCGAGGCGGAAUUACCAGCCAAUAUCGUGGAGAGCAGAUUGAGACGGGCACAAGAAAUAAUAGAGGAGUUUCUCAAGCCAGUGGACGAGUCACAGGACUAUAUAAAGAGACAGCAAUUACAUGAACUCGCCAUGCUAAAUUCAAAUUUCAGGGAAGAGAGUCCAGGACCAAGUGGCAGUGUCUCUCCUUUCAAUACUGGUGGAUUGAAACGCCCCAAGACUGGUCGUUGAGGGGUUCAGACAUCCAAGUUCUUGAUCUCAUAUCCGCGCUAGCUACCUAAACUCAAGAUAUGAAUAGAGAAAGAGGUCCCUUAACUUGCGUGGGUGACGUUGUGGUUGGCUUGUGGAUUUAAUUUAUUUUUCAUCAGAAGAAACAGAAAGAAAGCGAAUAUACAGGAAGCAUACAUCUUGUUGGUUAUAGUUGGGCUUUUUGGAUUAAUUUUUGGUCACGACAGUUCUGGUAAACUUCUUCCAUUGGAUUUAUUUAUGUGUUAGUAGUUGUUGUAUGAAAUAUCCUGUUACUAUAUCUCAUUAUAGUGCUCGUGGUUUGUUAGCCUAUAAGUAUUCUCCGAUUUGGCCAACUGGUCGAGUUGGAUUGAACGCUUGUUAUCAAAGAUGCUUCACUAUAGGUGUUUUUACUACAAUAGGGAUUCAUCACACAUUUUCCUUUUA